UUUUCUUUCUCUUCACAAAUCCUUAACGAACCCAAAGCCCCUUCAACCUAGCAGCUAAUCUUCACACCCCUGGCUCACAUUAGCCUCCUCCGAUCACGCUCCGCUUCACUCCCUGCGCACGUUAGUCUCGUUAGAGUCUUCUCAUCAAUGGCGUACCCAUCUUCGGUCCAAUCGGGCAGGGUUAGGGUUCUGAAGGAAGGAUCAAGACCGUCGGAUCGAGAGAUGGGACCUGUGGUGUACUGGAUGUUCAGAGAUCAACGGUUGAGAGACAACUGGGCACUGAUCCACGCUGUUGAUCAAGCGAACAAGGCCAGUGUCCCUGUAGCUGUGGGUUUUAAUCUGUUUGAUGAGUUUUUGGGUGCAAAGGCGAGACAAUUAGGGUUCAUGUUGAGAGGUCUUCAACAACUUCAUCGCGAUAUUCAAGACACUCUUCAUAUUCCAUUCUUUCUUUUUCAGGGAGAAGCUAUAGAGACAAUUCCCACUUUUCUUGAAGAAUGUGGUGCUUCACUUCUGGUCACGGACUUCUCACCAUUACGGGAAGUUCAAAGUUGGAAAGAUGAAAUCUGCAAGAGGGUGAGUGAUUCAGUGUCAAUUCAUGAAGUUGAUGCCCACAAUGUAGUACCGGUUUGGGUGGCAUCAGAGAAAUUGGAAUACAGUGCUAAGACAUUAAGGGGUAAGAUUAAUAAAUUGCUUCCUGAGUAUCUGAUUGAUUUUCCUAAAAUGGGACCUCCGAUUAAAAAGUGGGCUGCCACGAAUUGUUUUGUUGAUUGGGAGAACCUCAUUACAGAGGUUGUAAGGAAAGGAGCAGAAGUUCCUGAACUUGAAUGGUGUGAACCAGGUGAAAAUGCUGCAAUGGAAGUCUUGAUGGGAAGUAAAAGUGGGUUCUUGACAAAGAGAUUAAAGAACUACUCCACAGACAGGAAUAACCCAUUGAAACCUAAAGCGCUCUCUGGUCUCUCUCCAUAUUUGCAUUUUGGGCAGAUAUCAGCACAGCGGUGUGCCAUAGAGGCACGUAAUGUCAGGAAGCUUUGUCCUCAGGCAGUUGAUGCAUUCUUGGAGGAGUUGAUUGUGCGCAGAGAACUUGCUGAUAACUUCUGCUUCUACCAGCCUCAGUAUGAUUCUUUACAGGGAGCAUGGGAAUGGGCACGUAAAACAUUGUUGGUCCAUGCCCCUGAUAAACGAGAACACAUUUACACGAGGGAGCAAUUGGAGAAGGCGCAAACUGCUGAUCCUCUCUGGAAUGCUUCUCAGUUGGAGAUGGUUUAUGGUGGAAAGAUGCAUGGUUUUAUGCGGAUGUACUGGGCAAAAAAGAUUCUUGAAUGGACAAGUGGGCCUGAAGAUGCUCUUGCAAUAUCAAUAUAUCUAAAUGAUAAGUAUGAAAUAGAUGGAAGAGAUCCAAAUGGAUAUGUUGGUUGCAUGUGGUCGAUAUGUGGUGUGCAUGAUCAGGGUUGGCAAGAACGACCAGUUUUUGGGAAAAUACGAUACAUGAACUACGCUGGCUGUAAAAGGAAAUUUGAUGUUGAUGGAUACAUUGCUUAUGUUAAGAGGCUGGUUGGUGAAAUCAAGAAGCGGAAAGCAGAAACCCUACUCAAUGAGAAGAAAAAGGAACUUCGCAUUUAAUUAUUUUUGGCUCCAUCAUAUAUGAUAAAUGUGUCAAGUAGUUUACAAUUUGUAAGAGGAGUUGUUGAUCUUUAUUUUGGGCUGAAGACACGUGCCAUUUUAGUCUUUUUUGGCUGUGUAGAUUAUUUAUUUAUGUACUUGCUUAUGAAAUUCAGUUUCGUUCAUAGGGUUUACAAGAAUUUGAAAUGAAAUGUGAGAAUUGCAUAUCUAUUAA